AUGAGGAAAAUCUGGAGCAAAAGAGAACACCGAGAAAAGAGACGAAGCAUUUCUACACAGAGUAAUUCAAAUCUAGAUAACUCUAGUUUAGAUGUAAACUCAGAGUUGCUACUGAUCCAUAAUAAAGAAUCACUGUACGAUUCAAGGGAUUUCGACCAGUAUAGUAGACACAGCACAAACAGAAACUUUGAUAACCAGUCAUUCACUUAUUAUCCUUAUGACGACCAUGAUAUUACUUCUAUAAGGGAGGAAAAUACUUUGAAUUCCCUGGAUCUACACUAUCUAUCAUCGCCACCACUACCACCACCACCACCACCACCACCACCAUCACUAUCACUACAACUACCACUACCACGCUCCUCACAUUCUCAUUCGCAAUCCCAUCCGACUAAUGAGUCAAUAACUUCAUUGGACACUUCGAUACCCACCUCUUCUGGAACUGCAACAACAGGAACAACUGCUUCAGUAGCAACUGCUCCAGUAGCAACCGCUGCAAGCUCAAUAUACACACAGUCUAGAAGUGGUGGCAGUGGCGGUGGUAUGCAGAUGAAGCUCAGCAAUUUAAUCCGGCAAGAUUAUGAUACCAAUCUAGUCAAAUAUGGUUGGUUGAACACAGUAGUGAAUGCCAACAAUAACAGUAAUUCGUCCAUGACAGCUAACAGCAGCAACAACAACGCUAAUACCACAGACAUAACCCAACAAAACUUGAGACUCUAUAGACUAGAGUUGAAGGGAUCUCUCCUAUAUCUAUAUAAACCGCCAUCAAAUUUAAACAUCAGGAGCUUUAAAGUGGAAGACAAUGUAAGAGAAGAAAAAGUAGGAGGAGCAGGAGAAGAAGGAGAAGAAGAAGGUGCAAACGAAGAAGAAAGAGAGGGAGGAGAAGACGAGGCAAAUGAUAUAAAAUCAAUGAGUAAAGGGGGAGGAGAUAAUACUGACCAAGAAAGUAAUAGCAAUAGCACUGUAUCUACCUUGGUUGAACAACAAAAACCAAUUAGCAUUUCUUGUAUUGGGAGCCCCAUUAUUAGCAGUGUGGUACAUACUUCUUCUGCAUACGAUUAUAAAUCAUAUACGAUCUCAGCACCAUUUAAUGCAUCAUCAAUAUCUUCUGCUUCGGUACCAAUUGUUACUACCAGUUUGACUCGCAAAAUGCCAAAACAAUCAUUACCGCCAUCUAUACCGAAUACACCAAUAACUGCCCCACCGGCAUUAUGUAUAACCGCCUCUGGGACAUCUACAUCAUCAGGCUCAAUCGAACCAAUUACAUAUUAUAAGGUCAAAAUACCCCAUCCGCAACUUCAAUAUGACUUUAAAUUGCAUAAGUUUGACUCAUUUCUAUUCCAUAAUGGAAAAAACACGCUUGAAGCAAUAGUUCAUUUUUUGUGCUUUAAUAAGGAUCCGUUGGAUCAACAUAGUAUAAAAACAAUUAUCAACAUUUUGCCAGUAUUACCUGAUUUUCAUCACAUAAUAAGGUAUAUAUCAAUCUACGUAGAAGCCAUAUUUGAGAAUAAAUUUAGAGGUGAUGAAAAAAGAAGCAAAGUUGAAAAUGAAGGUGAACAUGAAAACGAAAUGAAAACUGCAGCAGGUACAGGUGCAGGUGCAGGUACAGGUGCAGGUGCAGGUACAGGUACAGGUACAGGGAACGAGCACACGGGUUUGGCAAAUGAAGUUGAUAAACAAUUAGUCAUCACAAGAAUACUUUCCUUGCUACAGAAUAUUGAAGAGAAUUUUUAUAGUUUUUUACUCAAAUCAGAUGUUGCACCAUAUGUUUUGAAAAUCUUGGAGAUUUUAUCAUCCGUCAAAGAUAUUCACCAGUUGGAAAAGAUGAAUUUUUUUAAACAAAAGAUGUUGACAAAACAACAAUUUUUGAUUAUAUUGGUAAAUAACGAUAACCUGUUAUACGGCAUUCAUCCGUUUAAAGAAUUAUCCUCACUGGUUUUUAUGAAGGAGAUCAAUUUGAUUGAUUUUGCUCACAUUGUCAAUGAAAUUGAUUUGAAGUUUUUUACUAGUUGGAACUCAAAUAUAGACAAGUCGCUCUUAUUAUACUCGUCGAUCAAUUUGAAACAAUCCAAUAAGGAAUUUUUUUACAAAAGAAACCCCUUGAUUUUUAAUAAUAACCAUCAUAUCCAUUACCUAUCUCGAUUGCUAAUAAAUCACAUAUUUGUUGAGCAUGCCUCUGCAGGAUCAAUGAGUUUUUCGGUUUUGGAAUCGAAAGCAAGAAUUUUAGAGAAAUGGAUUGAUUUAGGUUGUCUCUUGGAUAAAUCGGGUAAUAUGUCUUCAUGGUUGGGUAUAUCUUCAAUUAUACUAUCUCAACCUAUUCUUCGGUUAACCAAAAUCUGGUCGCUCGUAUCAAGUGAAUAUAUCAAACUAUUGAAAAAUGAUUGGUCGCCGGUGCUAUUUGAACUAGACCGUCGAUACUUGGUAAAUGAAUCAACAGAGCACAAUAGCAACUCUCCUCGGUUGGGCCAAGGUAGUGAAGAUCAAAUUUCUUCAAAGGACUCUUAUCACAUUAUGGCUCCAAGAGGUUUGGGUAAAAUCUACCCAAAGGAAAAAGUCAUUCCUUAUUUUGGAGAUUUGUUGAUUAACAAUACUGGUGUUGGGGAAAAUAUAGAUUUGUAUGAAAUGGAAUCUACAUGGAAAAAGAUUAACUAUUCAUUUGACAGAUGGAAUGACUAUUUAUCCAAUUUGAGCAACCAUCAUGACAUUAUCAAGUAUAAUGAUGAUGUUCUAAGGCGAUACGAUGCAAUGGGGUUUAUAUUUUCUAACGAAAGUUUGAACCAAGUAUUAUACCUUGGUGCUAAUGGUAGUAAUAAUAAUAACAAUAACAGUAAUAACAACCAUAUCAGUAAUAAAAAUAACAAUAAUAACAAUAAUAACAACAACAGCAACAGCAACAACAAUAAUACAUACGAUAAGUUUAAUCAAGUGAAGACUGAAUUUGAAUCUCAAAAAGAAGAAGGAGAAGGAGAAGGGGAAGGAGCAGAGGGAGCAGAAGGAGCAGAAGGAGAAAAAGGAGAAAAAGGAAAAGGAGACGAAGGAGGAGAAGAAGAAAAAAGAAGAAGAAGCAGAAGAAGAAGAAGCAAAAGAAGAACAAGUAGCAGUACUGGAAGUAAUGGUAGUAUCAAUAUUAAUGAUGGUGAUGGUAAUGAUUUGAAGAGAACUUUGGAAUUAAAGAGAAAACUACAACGGUUAAUUGAACUAAACUGUGAAUCGAUUAAUUUGGAAAAAAUCAUGCAAUUAUCAGUUAAAUUAGAACCUGAUUUGCCUGAAGCUUAUUUAAAUGUAAACACAUCACAAUCAGUUCUUCCCGUGACACCAUUAGAGUCUACAUUUACAAAGAAUCAAAACCUAUCUAGUAUAUCAAUAAAUUCGGUCGAGUCGCAAUCAUCCAUAGACCCUAGUUUAUUAGUUCAUGAAUUUAAUCCAUCUGCAAGGAUCCCCUCGUUUAACAACAACUACUUUAAAGUGAAUUUUGCAAAGUAUGAUGAAUUAACCCAAACAGAUAAUAAAAUUGUAUCACCACAACAAUUAGACCAGUUGAUAGAUAAACAUAAUUUUGUGAUUGGUGAUGAAUUGACUUUCCGAAUAGAUGAUUUUGUUGCAGAUAUGGAUUCAAAUAGGACUAACGUGUUGGGUACUACUACUACUAAUACUACUACUAAUACUACUACUAAUACUGCUGCUGCUGGUAGUGCUGGUAGUGGUGAGGACUACUAUGUUAAUGCAAUAGAAGAAGACGAAGAUGAUGUACCUGGUUUAGGUAUUGAUGUUGAUGAUAUUUUGAAUUCUGACAGAUUUAACAAUUUUACAAUGUCCCCAAAGCAUCACAGUAUGCACCAUGGCGCUCAGAACAGUGGUUCUUAUGGUGGUAAUGGUGGUAGCGGCACCAAUGAUACCACCAAUGGCAAUGGCGGUAGUAAUAACACCCACAGGCGAGGAAGCAAUGUCCUUGUAGCCAACUCAAUGAUUGAUGGCACAAUGAGGAAAAUUUACAAAUUUAUACCAAAGUAUGCUACUAUGGACAAAUUGAUUGAUUUAUUAUUAAUUGAUUCUAGGUAUUUUCAUCAAGAUGUUCAUUUGGAUUUGACAGAGUACAGAUUUGUAUUUUUGUUGAAUUAUAAUUCAUUCAUCACAACCAAGGAGUUGUUGGAAAAGUUGACGCAUCGUUUUAUCAAUUCAGGAAACGCCGUAUUAUCCAUUAUGAAGAAGAUGUAUUUAUUGAAGAAGUAUAACAAACUGAGAAAAAAGAGUGUUGGUUCUGGUACUAGUGGUGGCGGUGAUAACAACAAUAAUCUAUAUGAGCCUAAUUUUGAAAAGAGUUUACCUCAAUUACCAAAAUCUUUCCCUAACUGGAAUUUGGAUACAACGAUUGACUUGACGGACUUGGGCAAAGUUGAUUAUGAGUUAUUGUUAAAGAUUCAAAUAAACAUACUCAAGGUACUCAUAGUGUUGAUUAAUAAUUUUUAUUCAAAUUUUUCACUUAAUUUGAGUAACAAGAAUAUAUUGAUUAAAUUGUUGAAGCUAUUUAGUAAUGAGAUUUUACAAUGGUACAAUUCAAACAAGAUUGAUGCAUCUUUGGAAAGAUGUUUUGAAAACUUGGUAACCUAUUACAAGAAAUUAAAGAAACUAUUUGUGAAAAAGACGUACCGGCCAAUUGAGAUCUCCAAGUUUGAUGAGUAUUUAAUCAACGAGUUUAAGUUUACCAACUCCCUUAAUGAAGUGCCCAUGAAUAGAAACUUACCAAGUCAUAAGAAUGUUCACAAGAUUGAAAAAUUUCUUUACAAGUUUAAUAAACUAUUGACCAUUUUUUACAAGGGGAUAAAAGUUGAAGAUUGGGUAAAGACUUUUAAGAUUUUGGAAAACUCGUUUGAAAUGAAUGCCUUAUUUGACUUUAAUUUACAAAAGCCUGGUAUUGCCGAUAACAAUGAUCACUUGAUUAUUUCAAAUAUUUUUCAUUAUUUCGAAACUUUAGUAUCACCAGGUGAUCGACAGUUGAUAUUGAAAAAGUUUCCCUUUGUAUUUAGAAAAUUGUUUAAGCUAUAUUUCAGAUUCAAGACGUAUUUAUUAAUACAAUUGACUGAUUCCAAGAUCACAUUGGACGAAAGGUUAGAUAGAAUGAAGACGUUGCUAAUCAUGACUAAAGUAAGCAAAAUGAAAAUGACCAGUAAUAAUCAAUUUGUAUUUGAAAGUAUUGGGUAUAUUCCAUCAUGUAUUGAGACUGCUAUUGUUAAUGUGAUUUAUUCACCCGAAAGUAGAAUGAUGUCCAAUUUGUGGAUGAGGGCUGCCAUGGCAUUGGAUCAUCGUAAACCUAGUAGUGGAUUUAAUGAUAUUGACGAACUAUUACCACUGAAUAUUGGCAUUGAUGAUUUACAAUCCACUGAGCCACUAUUGCCAUGCUUUGGAUGGGUUAUUGAGAACUUGAUUGCUAGUAAUCGAUGCUGUUCAUUUUACAAAAGGUUAAUCAAUUUCAACAAGAGGUAUUUGAUUUUCAAAUUGAUUAAGGAAUUAGGUGUUGAAGAAUUGGAAGGAAAUGUUCAUGUUAAUGAUUACGUCACAUAUUAUGACUCGGGUGAGUUUGAGUUUUUAUUGAAUUUGAAUGAAGGUAUAGCAACACUUAAAGAGUUGGAAAAGAUUGUAAUGCAAUUCCAUGAACGCGAAAGAGUGAGCAUCUUUAAAGGUACACUUGAAGAGCAACAAAGGUUGUUGAUUGCAGACAAUCAAAAGAAACUUUUGCGUGAUCGCAAGAUCAUUGUCCAUGGGGUUAAUAGAUUGAGUAUUAAUACCUCGACUAAUGGAGAUGGAGGUGGUGUUAGUGGUAGAGCUGGUGGUGGAGCUGGAGCUGGAGCUGGUAGUGGAGCUGGAGCCAGUGGUAGUAGUGGCAGCAGUGGCAGCAGUGGCAGCACUAGUCUUGGUCUCAACGCUUUUACCAAUGGAAUACAUACUAUCACCAAAAAGACGUCAAGCACUUCUUUGAAAAGACAAUCUUUAUCCUACAAGUCAAACUCAUCAUCAAGAUUCAAAAUAAGUGGCUUAUUUGCCAAAGCAAGGCCAUUUUCAUUGGGUAAUGGUGCAAAUGAAAAAAUUGUUUCUGUUAAGGAAUUGCCCAACCUUGAAGGACCACUUGAACUUAAACAAAAACCAUCAAUUAUCAUCCCAUUAAAGAACAAGAAAAUCUUUCCAGUUUACUUACUCCCAUUUAGUUUCAAAAUUGAUUCUGAAUCGUAUAACGAAAAUCAAUACUUUUUCCAAUGUACAGGGAAUCACGACUUAAAUGAUUGGCUAGUCAAAUUAAACUAUGGCAAUCGACAUUGGUUUUAUUCAAGAUUACUAAACUUCAAAGCAAGUGGCGACUAUAACAAUAAUAACAACCUCGUUUUUGGAUUGCCAUUGAGGUUUAUAUGUAUGAGGGAAGGUUCAGAAGUACCCAGGUUUCUACAACUCAUAUUUGAUGAAAUAGAAAGUAAUAACGAGGAUGGCGGUAUGAUGAGUGAUGUUGGAAUAUACCGUAUUAGUCCAUCGGUAUUUGAGUUGGCCAAUUUGAAAAACAGUAUUGAUAGAUUGGGCACGAUUAAUUUUGGAUCGGUUAAAUAUAAUACUCAUGCACUUACAAGUAUUGUCAAGUCAUUUUUUAGAGAGUUACCUGAUGCAUUACUAACCGACGCCGUGAUUGAACAAUUUUUUGCUUUUAAACAACAACGACAACAUCAAAGGGAAGAAGACAUUGAUGAAAUAAGUACUUUUAAGAAAAUACUCCAGAUUUUACCAAAGUACAACUACUGCACAUUUAAAGCAUUGAUUCGUCAUUUGAACAGAGUUCAUGCCUACAGCCAGGUGAACAAGAUGACAUCGUCGAACCUUGCGACAGUUAUAGGACCUGCUUUAACCGAGGCUAGUGGUCUUGAUAUUUUGAUCCAUAAUUUUGGAUUUAUGAAUUUAAUAUUAGAAAAGAUGAUUUUGAAUUACGAACUGAUUUUUGAGAAUAAUAAUCGCAUUACUCAAGCUGAACAAGAUAGUACUAAAAGUGAAGAGUUUGCUGAGGCUAGCUAA